AUGUUUCAGCGCUCACACGCUGUGUUCCCGUCGGUCCCAGUCCGUUCAGGGGAUCCAGUGGAAGCUGAGCUCGCUCUGCCCGGAGAGCUGACACAGAACCGCAGCUAUGACUUUGAGUUCAUGCAGGUGGAAAAGCCAUACGAGUCUUAUGUUGGAGCGAAUGUGCGAUUGAGGUAUUUCCUUAAAGUUACAAUUGUGAGGAGGCUGUCUGAUUUGGUGAAGGAGUAUGACCUCAUUGUGCAUCAGCUGGCCUCCUACCCUGACGUCAACAGCUCUAUCAAAAUGGAAGUGGGCAUUGAAGACUGCCUACAUAUAGAGUUUGAAUAUAAUAAAUCCAAGUAUCACCUCAAAGAUGUAAUUGUGGGUAAAAUCUACUUCUUACUUGUACGGAUUAAAAUCCAACACAUGGAGCUUCAGUUGAUUAAGAAAGAAAUGACGGGAAUUGGGCCGAGCACAACUACUGAGACAGAGACUGUGGCCAAAUAUGAGAUUAUGGAUGGAGCACCAGUGAAAGGUGAAUCCAUUCCUAUUCGCCUUUUCCUGGCUGGUUAUGACCUUACACCCACAAUGAGAGACGUAAACAAGAAGUUCUCUGUGAGGUACUUUUUGAACUUGGUGCUUGUGGAUGAAGAAGAUAGGAGAUACUUCAAACAGCAGGAAAUAGUUUUGUGGAGGAAGGCACCAGAGAAACUGCGGAAACAGAACUUCCAUCAGCGCUACGAGUCACCUGAGCCUCGGCCGAGUCUCUCUGCUGAGCAGCCGGAAAUGUGA